AUGAAUGAUCCUCACAAUACAGCCAACCCUGGUAGUGGUAAUGAUGGUUCAGUUACUAAGUUGUCAUUCGAUAGAGUGGCCAUGUCCAAGAAAAUCAAACAAGCAAUAGAGGAAAUGCACUCCCUGUGUGACCAAUUCUUGGAGUUGCUCAAAAUAAUCCCAGACCAUAGCACCAGUACUACAACUGUCAACCUAAAACGACCUCUCACAGGAUCAAUCACUGCACAAGAAAAUUUGUAUGGGAGGAGAGACCUGUUUGAGCAGACCAUAAAAGAUCUCAUCACCAAUUGCACAAAUAGCAAUAAAACUCUUUCAGUUAUGCCUAUAGUUGGUCCAGGGGGUAUUGGAAAAACAACUUAUGCUCAACACUUGUAUAAGCAUGAAAGGGUAGAAGAGCACUUCCCUGUCAGGGCUUGGAUAUGUGUCUCAACUGAUUUUGAUGUGCUCAAGCUCAGUCAGCAGAUCCUUAGCCAAAUAGAAGAAAAAAACAGCGCAUAUAAAAUAUCAAGUUUAAACCAGCUCCAGAAAUCCAUUGAAAAGAGGAUCAAGUCUAAAAGGAUUUUAAUUGUCUUUGAUGAUAUAUGGGAAUGCACUACUCAGGACUGGGAAACCCUGCUAGCUCCUUUGGGAAAGGGCGAAACCACAGGUAACAUGGUUCUCGUCACAACUCGGUUCCCGUCUAAAGUUGAUGAUGUGAAAACAACCAACCCCAUUCCGCUGAAAGGCCUUGAGCCGGAUGGUUUUUUUAAAUUCUUUGAAGCAUUAAUAUUUGAAGGAGAAAAACCUGAGAAUUACAAUGAUGAAUUAACUGAUCUUGCAAAGGAUAUUGCCAAGAAAUUGAAGGGUUCACCUCUAGCAGCCAAAACAGUUGGUCGGCUAUUGAAGAAUGACCUACGUAAGGAACAUUGGAUGGCAGUUCUCGAAGAUAAUGAAUGGCAAAAACAAAAAAAUAAUGAUGAUAUUAUGCCAUCUUUAAAGAUUAGCUAUGAUUACCUUCCUUUCCAACUGAAAAAAUGUUUCUCGUGUUUUUCCCUAUUUCCCGAAGACCAUAGGUUUAGCAAUCUAGAGAUUACAUGUUUUUGGAGUGCAUUAGGGAUCAUUGAAAAAGAUGAGAAUUACAUGGAAGAACUUUUGAAAAAUGGUUUUCUCGUGAAGGAGAAUGAUCGUUGGUCAAAUCAACAGUACUAUGUGCUGCAUGAUUUAUUGCAUGAACUAGCUCAGAGUGUCUCGUCACAAGAAUGCCUAAAUAUAUAUAGCAAUGUAAGUUUUAGAGCUAAUGAUGUCCCAAAAUCCAUUCGUCAUUUGUCCAUCACCAUGAAAGACAAAUACGUUGAGACUUUUAGGACAGAAAUGAUUAAAUUAAAGAGCAAGGUAGACAUUGCAAAUUUGCGUGCUCUAAUGAUUUUUAGAAAAUAUGAGGAACAAAUUGAUGAGGUUAUAGAAGACACAUUCAAGGAAAUGGAGGCUCUUCGUGUUCUUUUUAUCGAAGUCAACUCCCCAGAAUCUUUACCACAUUACUUUCCAAAACUUAUCCACCUACGAUACCUAAAAAUUAGUCCAUCAAAUUUUGGUUCAGAAGUGACUUUCCCUAGCACACUUUCAAGAUUUUAUCACUUGAAAUUAUUGGACCUAAGUGAUUGGUAUGAUCAAAGUAUUAACUUACCUAAAGACAUUAACCGCCUUACCAAUUUAUGCCAUUUUAUUGCCGAAAGAGAAGUCCAUUCCAAUGUUCCUGAGGUAGGAAAGAUGAAGUAUUUAAAGGAGCUUAAAGAAUUCCAUGUCAAGAAAGAGAGUGAUGGAUUUGAAUUAAGUGAGUUGGGGGAUUUAGCAGAGCUUGGAGGAGAACUCAGUAUAUAUAAUCUUGGAAAUGUGGCAACCAAGGAAGAGGCCAGGAAAGCCAAGCUUGUGUCAAAAGGUGAUUUGAAAGAGUUGAGGUUGGUUUGGGGAGAAUUGGAUGCAUCAGAAUCAUCUGAUGGUGCAUCGGAAUCAUCUGAUGCCCUUGAUGGUCCAACAGAAUCAUCUGGUGCCCUUGAUGGUACAGCAGAAUUAUCUGAUGUUCUUGAUGGUCUUGAGCCACAUCCUAAUCUGCAAUCACUUGGCAUUAUAAACCAUGGUGGUUCAGUCGGUCCUCAUUGGUUGUGUGAUCACAUGAGCAUAAAGAUGCUUGUGUCUCUCCACCUAGAGGGUGUGUCUUGGUCCAUUCUUCCACCUUUUGGGCAGUUAUUGCAUCUCAGAUCACUCACAUUGAUUCACAUUUCUACACUUGUUCAGAUCAGGCCAGGCGUUGUUGGGGUUACGGCUAGAAGUUUUAUGCAGUUGAAGGAGAUUGUUCUUGAUUCUUUGUCAGAAUUUACUGAGUGGGUUGGGACAUCUAAUGCCCAUUCAUUUUCAAUGCUUGAAAGAAUUGUUUGCAGAAAAUGUCCCAAUCUCUAUUCACUGCCGUUCCUACAGGAUUGCCCUGCGGGCUCAUAUAACCAUCUGUGGAAACUUGAAAUUACUGGUUGCCCAAAGUUGCUUAUGCCCCUCAUGCCUCACAGUUCCACACUAACUGAAGUUACUGUGUCUACUAGCCGUACUGGGGAUAUGGUGUACGCCAACCGUAAUUUGUAUUUGACGAGGUAUAGCAGGGAAUUAGCCUGGCACAAUAUGGCCGGCAAAGUACAGAGCAUCACAUUUAAAGCUGGAUCAACAAUCCCAUGGAUAGUCCUCCAAAAUUUAACCUCCCUCGAGAAACUUGAAAUUGAAGGAGACUCAAGCCAGCAGUCGAUGGCUUCGGUCUCAUACCUCACGUCUCUCACCAAUCUAAGAAUACAAUAUUGUAAGAAUUUCAAAGUGGGUGGGUUCAAUCUUCUCAUGGCUUCCAACCUCAAGGUUUUGGCGGUCCACAACAUAAUUGAAUAUUACCCUCUCUCUGUAGCCGCAGAUCUUCUCUCGGAAUUGGCGGUGGAAAUAACAAGGAGUAAAAAGUUAUUACCACCUGCAGCUGGCUCUUUACUCCAGUUGGAAAGACUUAAUGUGGAUAGCAUCUCGGCUGUGCUUGUUGCUCCAGUUUGUCGACUACUCGCUGCUACCCUCAAGGAGUUAGUGAUCACGUGUGAUCGAGAGGUGGAGAACCUCACCAAAGAUGAAGAGAAAGCGCUUCAGCUCCUCACCUCACUCCAAGAACUAAUUUUUUGGAGGUGCCGGCGUCUGCGGUCCUUCCCUCAAGGGUUACACGGCCUUCCUUGUCUCAGGACACUAAAAGCCAUCAGCUGUCGAAAAAUCCGAUCGCUGCCCAAGAAGGGAAUCCCCACUUCUCUGCGGGAGCUAUCAAUAAAUGAUUGCAGUCGCAAGCUACACAAUCAAGCCAAGAAACUAAAUCAAAGAAAUUUGUCUGUAAGCGCCUAG